AUGCUUCCUGUCACUCUAACUGGUGCAUCACAUUGUCAAUGGAUAUGUCAGCUGCUGCUACCUCAAUCAACAGAGUUUGAAUACAUAUAUGUAGUUCAAGGUGGUAGCGGACAGGCUGUCACCUGUCGCGAGGACCGUGCACGUCGGUUCACAUCACCCCAGCUUCUGUCACAUGAUCAUCAACACCAACACCUAGUCAUACACAAUGAUAGUCCACUUCGUAUAUCCAAUGCCCGAGCAUCAUGGAUCACAACAGGACUAGUGGGCCUCGAGCACAAAGACUUUAACUGCUCCCUUGUAUCCGUGGUCCAUCUCCUUUUCAACUUCCCCAAGCUUAGACAGCGACUGAUAGACACUCCACAAUACAAAGGCAGGCCAUAUAGCAGUUGUCUGUCAACUAUUUUCAAGGAUAUGGAGCAAGGCCAGCAAACGGACUUGGCUGGUCUGCGGUCAUUGGUGGCACUCAGCUCUGAUGCUGGCGAGAUACUCAAUAUCAUACUAUGUGAAGUCAUUGAUGAGAUAUCAAGGAGUAAUAGUGUCCUCGACAACAACAACAUGGGUAUUCGCCACAUGUUUGAAGGAGACCUUGCCAAGACAGCGAUCGUCUUGGACAGGAAUGGCAACAUCGAGUCGGUUAAGUCACACAGCGAGAAGUUUGUCAAUAUCAUACUGCCAGUGCGCGGCUUUGUCUCGCUGGAGGAGUCGCUCAAGGUCUACCAGCACAACAUCGAGCAGGUGGGCACGACCACAUUCGAGACGAUCGUGGCCUUUGACAACAUGCCCGAUGUGUUUGUCGUCCAGCUUGAUCGCGCGCAUCAACAACACGAUCAUCAUCACUACACCAAGGUCACAAACCGCUUCUCAUUCCCCAAGCGAUUCAUCCCUGUCAAUCAGACUGUGUACGGGAUCAAGGCGAUCAUCUGUCAUCAAGGCGACUCGCUUAACGACGGACACUUCUUUGCCUAUGUACGUCGCGGCAAGCAAUGGCUCAAAUGUGAUGGCGUCUCCAUCGAACAAGUCUCUCGCAAGAUGGCCUUCUACGACAGCUUUGGAGGCAGUCCAAAUGAUGGACAAGCAUAUAUACUUGUAUACGAGAAGCAGGAUGGCUCUCCAACAGGUGCCCCUGCUCCAUAA